AUGGCCGCUUCUCAAGCUUCAGUUCCUCCAUCGCCGAGGCUGGAGGACUAUGAGAUUGGACCGCUCCUCGGACGAGGCGCUUGCGGCGAGGUCCGGCUCGCCUCGCGGCGGCCGGACGCGGCAGCGAGUUGCGGCGCGGUGCAGCGGUGCGCCGUCAAGGUGAUACCGCAAGGCAAGCCUUCAUCUGCACGGGACGUCAUGUGUGAGGUGGAGAUGCUUCGGCGGUGCUCGCACCCUCACAUCCUGCGGCUUCUCUCUGUCUGCGAGGACGGGCCCAACCUUUGCCUGCUCCUCGAGUUUUGCGCGGGUCCGGACCUGCAGCGGCUGCUCGACCUGCGUGGUGCGCUCCUUGAGGAUGAGGCGAAGCGGAUCUUUUCGCAGGUCUGCGCCGCACUCUGCCACCUCCGCGAGCGGCGCAUCGUCCAUCGCGACGUCAAGCCGGCCAACGUAGCGCUCAAAGCUGCACUGCCCGACGACCGCAGCUCGUCGCUCUCGCGCUGCAUCACAAAACUGCUCGACUUUGGCUUCGCUCGCGUGAUCGAUGUCGCGGUGGCCUCCCCCAGGGCGAGGAGGUGGGGCAAGCGGCGCGGCGACCGCUCCGUGCACGGAAUCGAUUCCGGGUCAAAGCACGGCGGCUCCAACUACGGCGGCUCGAAGCACGGCGGCUCCAACUAUGGCGGCUCGAAGCACGGCGGAUCCGAGUGCGGAUCCACGCACGGCGGCGAGACGACGGUGGAGCUCGAGAUGGACGGCUCGCUCGUGAGGAUGACGCCGCUCGGGACGCGCCACUGGGCGGAGCCGCGGCUGCAGGCGGCGGGCCUGGGCGGCGGCGUCGGCGCGGACGGGCGGCUCGUCAUGAGCCUCGACGAGGCGCUCCAGCUCGACACCUUCUCCCUCUCGCGGCUGCUGCGCUACAUGCUCACAGGCGCGACCAUCAUGGAGGCGCUCGAGGCGCAGGGCAUGGCGGGCUGCGGCUGUGCGGCCGCCCUGGUCGGCAGGCGGCCGCCGGCGAGGCGCGUGGUGCGCGAGCUGAGCGAGGUGAGCCCCGAGGCGCGGGAGGUGCUCGGCGCCCUGUCCCGCGGGGCGGCCGAGCGCGCCUCCGUCUUCGAGGCGUGCCGACACCGCUGGAUUGCGGACGAGAGCGUGCACGGGCGCGCGCGGGGGUAUACGAGCGACGAAGGAGCGGAGAAGUAG